AAAAACAGAGAAAUAAAUUACUUAACCAACCACUAACACAUAUCUCUCCCACUAUCUCCAUCUCUCCCUUUUUCUUAUAAAAUCCGAAAUUUAUCAACCAGAAUUUACUCUAUUGUUGCUGAUCAUUCUGAGGCGCAGAAAAUCAAUACAGAGACUUUAAAUAUGUUUCUUUGGCUUGUUAUUGUCUUAACGAUUUCAGUUUCUGUCUCUUCCCAUGAACACAAACUUAAUUGGGUAGUUCCUCCUGCAAAUUCUUCUGAGAGUUUCAAUGAUUGGGCUUCCAAUAAACGGUUCCAAGUCGGAGACAUCAUUCAAUUCAAGUACAGGAAAGACUCAGUGAUGCAAGUGACGAAGGGGAGUUACAAGCAAUGCAAUUCUUCGCACCCGAGAUUCUACUCGAAUACGGGCAAGACCAGAUUCAUGUUUGAUCACUCUGUGCCUUACUACUUCAUAAGUGGGACCUCUGGCCACUGCGAGAAAGGUCAGAAGAUGAUCGUCGAGGUCAUAUCUCUCGACCAGACCACUACCUCCUCUGCUCCUCCGGCUGCCUUGGCUGUUUUGUUAUGCUUAUUCAGCCUCUCUUUAUCUUUUGUAGCUUAGUAUCACGCGGUGCCUAAUAUGGGUUUGGUUUGCUUAUAGUUUGAUUGUAUUCAUCAUGACUUAUGUGUUCAUUUGUUCAAAUGGGCUUAUUUUAAGCUCCGACGGCCCAUGUCCAAUUCAAUGGGCUUGUUUCGUCCGUUUUAUUCUGUCUUCCCAGUUCGACAUAUACAUGUAGCUUUGGAGAUGGUUUUUAAAAUUUACAAGUUUUCUUCUUAA